ACUUCACACCCCACCAGUCCCAGGUACAAGUUUAACUUCAUAGCUGACGUGGUUGAGAAGAUUGCUCCGGCUGUGGUCCACAUCGAACUCUUCCUCAGGUACAGUGUGUUUGUGUAGGCAGACUCAGACACAUAUUUAUGUCGUACUACAGUGUGUGUUGUGUCUGUAAAGUAUGUGUAAUACCCAUUCACUUGUUGAAGAAAAAGCUCAUGGUGGUUGAACCAAAAUAAUCACAUUUAUCACGUAUAACUUACUGGUAGUAACUUCACAACAGUGUAGAUCUUAUGUAAUCUCUCAAUAAACACAAAACACAUCAAAGCAAACUCUCGUCUUGUUGUUAGAGCUAGAAAUGAUAGACUUUCUAUCUUGACCUCUUUUGACCUCUAUAUUGACCUCUUGACCCCCAGGCACCCUCUGUUCGGCCGGAACGUCCCUCUGUCCAGCGGGUCGGGCUUUGUGAUGUCAGACACAGGUUUGAUAGUGACCAACGCCCAUGUAGUCUCCAGCACCACGCCUGUAUCUGGGCGUCAGCAGCUCAAGGUCCAGAUGCACAAUGGUGAUAUCUACGAAGCAACCAUCAAGGACAUCGACAAGAAGUCCGACAUCGCCACCAUCAAAGUCAACCCACUGGUGAGAGGAGUGGAUUAGGAUUUGGGUCAAUUCCAUUUAAAUUCCAGUCAAUUCAGGAAAUACACAGAAAUUCCAAAUCCAAUUUGAAUACUAUGUUCUGGUUCACAUAAUAGCUGUAUUGUAUUCCACAAUAAGAAGGCCUUACUGUUAAAAACAAGGGGAAUAGGAACAAAGAAACAUCAAAGAAAAUAAAAAAGCUGGGGGAAUUCCUGGACGUUAGUGAGUUGAAUAGCUAUUUGAUGGAUGUCAUGAAUGUCUGAGGGCACAAAUAGUUAUGACUAAUGUCAUAUCCUGUUUGUGAUAGGAUUAAUCACAUCGAUAUGAGUCAGAAACAUUUAUUCUAGUGUCAAAAUGUACUACAAAGUUUAAAUAGGAUAAUUAAUAUACAAAUAUUGAAAGCAUUUAAUGAGACAACUGAAAGAUGUGCAACAUGAAAAUAUUGUCCCAAUUACGUUGUGUAAUUUAUUGACAGUCCCUAACUAGCCCCAGAGAUAGGCUCUCUAUCCAAUGUCAAACCAACUUUGCCAAGGUUGCACACCAGCCAGCUGAAACUAAUUGGCGAAAGAAGUUAGCUAGCCUAGGCGACUUCAAGACACAAGUUAUCUGGAAGGGUGAGGGACUGUAACUGUGUACUGAAUGUACAAACGCUUGCCACGCGCGAGCACACACACAAAGACACCCAAAUGAACCCCCCCCCCCCCCCCCAGACAAAUCUCGUUUGGCUUCAGUCAUGGCCGCUGUAUUUCUUAAUGGCCAAGAUGAAAAACGAGGCCAAAUCAGGAAAUGUAACUCUUCUCUCCGGCCCUCUAUCCUCCCUUCCGCCUUUCCCUUUCCAUCUCCACCCCUCUCACCCUCUCUUUCGCUUGCUCCCCCCCCCCCCCCCCCCACUCUCCAUCUCCCCCUCCCUCUCUCCCUCUCCCCUCUCUCUCUCUCUAUCCCCUUCCUCCCUCUCAGAAAAAGCUCCCGGUGCUGUUGCUAGGCCACUCGGCUGACCUUAGACCUGGUGAGUUUGUGGUUGCCAUUGGCAGCCCCUUCGCGCUCCAGAACACGGUUACCACAGGGAUCGUGAGCACUGCACAGAGAGACGGGAAGGAGCUGGGCAUCAGAGACUCUGACAUGGACUAUAUACAGACGGACGCCAUCAUCAACGUGAGACAAUCAAUUCAAUACAAUUUAGCUUAACUUUAUUUAAAGGGCAAUUAUAGCAGACUCCACUUAUAACCAACUCAUAAGGCUGUCUAGCUGUCUGUUUUUACAUUUUAGAAGAGGACAUUUAUGAUCAUGGAGAUCAAAUACACAGACAAAUACAUACACAUCUCAUUGAUUGACUGAAUAAUUGAUUGAUUCAUUGUUUUGAUAUUUUCUCAGUAUGGAAAUUCAGGCGGACCUCUUGUUAACUUGGUAAGUGUUAUGUCAGCCCCCACUUUUUCCCAAUCUUCACUGUGAUAAUAUUGAGUAGAAGCAGUUGUGAGACAGCCAUAGAGCUUUUGAAUACACUAGUAUGAAAGUAUCCCUGACCAAGAUGGCCAUCUUUUUGGUCACGUUACCAGGAUGUCAAUGUCCAUUCUAGUGUUCUAUUUAAUUCAAUGGAGCCAGCCCUGUUCUAAACCCCUAAUAACCUGUCAACCUGUAUUGUCUGCCAUCAGGACGGGGAGGUGAUCGGUAUCAGUAGUGAUCCAGUUCCUAUACAUAACACUCUGUUAAGUUGUUUGUCUGACUGCCACCAGGACGGGGAGGUGAUUGGCAUCAACACUCUGAAAGUGGCUGCUGGGAUCUCCUUCGCCAUCCCUUCUGAUAGGAUCACACGCUUCCUCAAGGAAUCAAUGGACAAGCAGAGCAAAGGUAGGCCCGCCCCUCCUCUAUGAUAGGAUAAAACUCUUCCUCAACUAAUAAAUGGACAAGCAGAGCAAAGGUAGCUAUGUCUGAGAUAGACAGACAGCUAUUAGCUACUAGUAUGAUCACAUUAUAAUUCAACAAAGGCAAAUUAUGUAUUAUUAUGUAUAUUAAAGGCAAAUUAUUGUUUUUUAUUUUAAAGAAGUGAGAUCAUUGAAGAAACGGUUCAUUGGAAUAAGGAUGCUCACCAUCACCCCAGCGUAAGUCUUAUACAAGCAUGACACUGUGCAAUAUUACAGUUACCAAUAAUACUGUGUUAAACUAAAACAGACAUUUCUAACUCGUCUUGUGUAGGCUGGUUGAGGAGCUGAAGCAGCAGAACCCAGACUUCCCUGAUGUCACUAGUGGGAUCUACGUCCAUGAAGUGGUGCCUCAUUCUCCUGCACAGAAGUAGGUGGCCUCUGUCAAAACUACCAUACACUGUGCAAAUAGCAUAGUUUCCCUGAGAAGGGUCAAGAUGAGUUUGUAUGGAAAUUUAGCGUAGACUAUUUCAUUACAUCUCUUGGUUUUCUUUAUCACUCCCUUUCAUGCUUGUUAUAUGUUUACCCCAGUGUCUCUCUUUGCACUAUAGCCUUUCCCAUCUCAAAAUAAUAUGUUUUUCCCCUCAUCCUCCUUUCUCCACAUAGAGGUGGUAUCAGAGACGGUGACAUCAUCGUGAAGCUGAACGGUCGUCCUCUGCUGACCACAGCUGACCUACAGGGGGCGCUCACAGAGGAGACAGCCCUGCUGCUGGAGGUCAGGAGGGGUAAUGACGACCUGCUCUUCAACAUCCAGCCUGAUGUCAUUAUGCAG